GUCCAAGAGACCACUAGACGGCUUGUUGAGAGAGAGAGAGAGAGAGAGAGAGGCUUCACCCAAUCACGUGCGACACUAGCAGAUAUCCCAACGUUCUAUAUUCUUCUCCCCUUUCUCACGUGACACGUCUCCAAUUCCAAGUUCUAACGCUCCUUCAUUUACUCUCUUCGCCAUGUUUAUUUUUCCACCGAGUUUUCUUUCAGCUCCGUUUCCUUUUCUCCUUGUCUGAGUAUGUCCAGAAAUAAUUGAAGCUAGAUAGUUUGGGUGAUAAUUUACUUCCUUCCCUUAUGCAGUCAAGGACAUUGAUUUGUGAUUCUUGCAGUGUGCUUCUUAACUUUUAAGUGGUAUGACAAGUUGUAAGAGAGCCAAUGGAGAUGGUUAGAUUUCACUGUUGAACUAAUGGAUAAAAAGCAGCAUAUAGCAAUUUUCACAACUGCCAGCCUUCCAUGGAUGACUGGAACUGCUGUCAACCCUCUGUUUCGUGCAGCCUAUCUUUCGAAAGAUGGAGAGAGAAAUGUCACCUUGGUGAUCCCAUGGUUAUCUUUGAAAGAUCAAGGACUAGUAUAUCCCAACAACAUCACAUUCAUCUCACCAUCAGAGCAGGAGAAAUAUGUCCGUCAAUGGCUUGAGGAGAGGACUGGAUUCACAUUUGAUUUCAGUAUACGUUUUUAUCCUGGAAGGUUUUCUAAAGAUAAAGGGAGCAUUCUUGCAGUUGGAGAUAUCUCAGAAAUCAUCCCCGAUGAAGAGGCAGACAUUGCUGUUCUCGAGGAGCCUGAGCAUCUUACAUGGUUUCAUCAUGGAAAGCGAUGGAAGAUUAAAUUCCGCAUGGUUAUUGGAAUUAUUCACACUAACUAUUUGGAAUAUGUGAGGAGAGAGAAGAACGGAAUGCAAGCAUUUCUUCUCAAAAUUGUAAAUAGCUGGCUUGUUGGUAUCUAUUGCCACAAGGUAAUUAGAUUAUCUGCUGCAACGCAGGAUUAUCCCAAGUCAAUUAUCUGCAAUGUUCAUGGAGUCAAUCCCAAGUUCCUUGAGAUAUACAAGGAAAAGAUAGAGCAACAACAAAAUGGGAAACAUGUCUUCACUAAAGGUGCCUACUACAUUGGGAAGAUGGUAUGGAGCAAAGGCUACAAGGAGCUACUAAAACUUCUUCAUGAUCACCAAAAGAAACUUGCUGGGAUUGAGGUUGAUUUAUAUGGUAACGGAGAAGACUCUGAUGAAGUUCAGGAAGCGGCUAAAAAGCUGGAACUAGCUGUUAGAGUUCACCCUGGGCGUGAUCAUACUGAUCCUUUAUUCCAUGAUUUUAAAGUGUUUCUGAAUCCUAGCACCACGGAUGUGGUUUGUACCACUACAGCUGAAGCACUGGCUAUGGGCAAAAUUGUUGUCUGUGCCAAUCAUCCCUCAAACGAAUUCUUCAAGCAGUUCCGAAAUUGCUGGACCUAUGAUGACGGCAAUGGGUUUGUUGAAGCCACACGCAGGGCAUUAGCUGAAGAGCCUGCACAGCUGACUGAUGCACAGAGGCAUGAACUAUCAUGGGAGGCAGCCACAGAACGGUUCCUGAAGGUUACUGAACUGGACCAGGUUCCUACUAUGAAGCCGUCGAAUAUUCCUCAAAAGAACUUUAUGUCUACGUCUUUCAAUUUUCGAAGGAACAUGGAGGAUGCAUCAGCAUAUGUGCAUUAUAUUGCUUCUGGGUCUGAAGCAUCACGAAAAGUGUUUGGUGCAAUUCCCGGGAGCUUGCAACCAGAUGAACAACAAUGCAAAGAACUAGGGCUAGCCAUUCCUGCAGCAAAGCGAGGCUGAAAAUGAUUCUAUGAAAAGAUACUGGGGAUUCUUUAUCAUUAUUCUCAGUGUGCACUAGUUGGAUUCAGGUGUAAAGCAUUUCACUUGUUCUUCUCUAUGUUCUUUGGUUGCCUGAAAUUGAGAAUGGUAUAUGAAGCAUGUUUCCACGUCAUCAGGCUUGAAUCGAAUAAGGUUGCCGCUCUUGUUGGUCUCUAUUUGCUGAAAAUAAAUAAAGAAAUGCUUAGGGGGCUGCUUUUUCUGUAAUUGCUGUAUAAGUAUGCAUUAUCGUCCACACCUACUUUGCUCCUUGCGAUAAAUUGUAAUUUUUUCUUACGCAUGUUCUGACUAUAACACGGUGUAGAAACUUCAGCAAGGCAGAGAACAUUGGUGAUGAAAUGAAAUAAUUGUGCUGAGAAGCCACUGACCAAUUACAGAGUUGAACUUUUCUUAGUUCCAUUUAAGCAAAUGGUCUUGUAAUUGAAUGUGGCCAUAUCAGGUCAACAUAUUAUGAGAACUAGUUUCCAUUAUAUAAGAUUUGUAGCACUUGGAUGA